UUAAAAUUUUGUUUGCUGAACAAAAGAGCUUAGCUGUUCCUGGGAAAGGCAGUGGGGUCAGUUCCUGUGUCCCAAUUCCCGGAAUUUGACUUGCUGAAUGACUCCUGGGAGGAGGAAUGUCCAGGCUGACGUGAGCUUGGGUGAUUUCCUGAGUGCUGAGGAGAGGAGGAGCUGCCUCAGGAAGGUUUCCUGCAAGUUUGAGCAACAACAAGCAGCAACAUUUCGCUUUCAUCAAGGUUUAUUUGCUGAGAAAUUCUGUUUUAAUGAGCGUCUGCCCGGCCCUGGGGGCUGCUCUUGCUCUCUGCUCACCCCCCAGGUUGUGAAAAUCUUGAGCUGGGGGUUUGUGACGAGCUCAGACACCACAGAGCCAGGGGGAGGAAGGAACUAAAAGUGUGUCAAGGGCUGAGUUUGGGCUCUGAGGAAGCAGAACUCGCUCUCCAUCCCGCUGUGGGGGCGGGGGGGUUGUAUAGUUCAACGCCCCUAAACCAAAAAAAAUAAAAAAAAUCUCCCAGGAAUGCUCCGAAAACUGGAAAUCCAGCAAGAAGAGGACCUGCAGUCGGUGGUGGAGGUGGCUGCCCACGUGUUCAGCGAUGGGGUGACCAACUGGGGACGUGUGGUGACCCUCAUUGCCUUUGGAGCCUUCGUGGCCAAGCACCUGAAGAGCAUCAAGCAGGAGCAGAGCAUCACUUCCCUGGCUGGGAUCAUCACAGAUGCACUGGUGUCCUCCAAACGCCAGUGGCUGGAGAGCCAGGGGGGCUGGGUGAGUCCAAAAUCCUGAGUUUUUCACCAAAUGGGGCUGGGUGAGUCCAAAAUUCCUGACUUUUUCACCAGGGGGGCUGGGUGAGUCCAAAAUUCUGAGUUUUUCCCCCAGUGGGGUUGGGUGAGUCCAAAAUUCUGAGUUUUUCCCCCAGUGGGGUUGGGUGAGUCCAAAAUUCUGAG